AAUUGUACAUUGGGGGGAAAAAAAGGACAAUAAAAUGACAAUAACAGUGACAGUGACAAUGAAGUGAUGCGAUGUGAUGUGAUGUGGAGAGAAGUCAAAAGCGCACGGCAACAAACUUUUUGCGCGUACAUGCGUGCACAUCCACGCUGCCGCUGCCACUGCCACUAAGUGUCAAAAAGCACUUUAGGGUAACUGAACAAAAGUAUAGACUAAGUAAUACUGCGAACAGGUGUACGAACAUGUAACUGGUACGCACGUACGCAAUGUGCGCACCUGCCCCUUUCGCCCCUUUUUCUACAGCAUAAGGAAGCAUGCAUUCGACCGGGGCACAUCUCCCCACAUGCUAAUAUACGUACCUUUUUGCCGAAAAGUAGAAAAAAUAUAUAUAAAAAAAAAGGGGUAAGCCAGUUUAGAACUCUGAACUGAAACUCCAAGCGAGAGGAACUUCCAACACUUUAGCAAAAACGUAAACCAAUUAAAAAUGGCUAAUGGUUCUGUUCUGCCUGCCCAAAGGUACUAUUUAGAAUCGCAUGGAAGUUAUUUAAGCAUAGUGAACAUAGAAAAUAAUGUGCGAAACGUUUUAAAAAUUAGCCAUUCUGAAGAUUUACAAAUAGCCAAGGAGAAGCAAACGCUUACAAGCAGUGGUGACAAUAGCUACAUAGAAAAUGAGAACAAAAAAAAGUUCCCCUUUUUUGGCUGCCUAGGAAUAGUUAAAGCGGAACACACGAACUUCUUGGUCAUAGUUUCCGAUGCAGAAGUCGUUUCUUAUCUGUUCAAUCGAGCCAUUUAUAGAGUGAAGAAAAUUUCCUUUAUCCAGCUGAACGAUGGAGAGGAAGGUAAGGACAAGUCGGCUAGUCAUCACAAUUACCAGUAUGAAAUAUACUGCCUCGGGAGCAACGCCGUUUUAACCCCCCUAAGUAGCAACCACAGAAAGGAAGGGAAAAAAUUCUUCUGCAAUAAGAAGAUAAAGACGCAAAAUAAUCUCGACAACGUAUUCGAAUGGAACAACUUGCUUUUCCAAAGCGCCACCGCCAAGAAUGCCCAAUUGCGCAAUAGUAGCGAAACGUACAUCCACAAACUCAAGAGUUGCACACUGAAAAAGGAUACAUUAAAAACGAUAGCGUACUUUUCGCAUGCCUUUAAUAAGGGCCCCUUUUACUUCUCCUACCACUACAAUUUAACGGCGUCUCUGCAGAGGCACUACAUAACUGAGUCUGAAAGGGAGAAAAACAGAGGGAAAUCACCAUCCCCGCCGGUAGGUGGUGGGUCAGAAGUGUAUCCAAACGACUGUAAAUAUCAGGGGGAGAGAGAACCCAUUUUCCACAAGUUACAAUUCAAAGAAAUUAAUCACGAGUACACAUGGAACUGGAAGUUGCUGCACCAGUUUAUUCCCAUAAAUGCAUUCGAGUUCGUGGUGUUCCUAAUCCAUGGCUACAUCAACUCAAAUGUGUUUCAUGUCCCUAAUGGAAAACUAACACUCUAUUUGAUAUCGAGAAAAAAUAAGAACAGAAGUGGCGUCAGGUUUUGGUGUAGAGGCGGAAAUGAAAAGGGAGAUGUAGCCAAUUUUGUAGAAACAGAACAAAUUUUAGUAUGUAAAGAUGCGCAAAGGACAAACAUUUUUAGCUACAUCAUUGUUAGGGGAUCCAUCCCUGUCCUCUGGAAACAACAGCCAACGCUGAGUAUAAGGCCAAAAAUACAAAUCUGCCCAGAUAUGCAAGAAAAUAAGAAAACGUUGAAUCUACAUAUGCAGAAAUUGAAGAACACGUAUGGCAAAAUUUCCAUUACUAAUUUGAAUAAUAAGAAAUUUACCGAGAAGUACCUAGGGCAGUGCUAUGAGGCGUGUUUGAAGGAGUGCUCUGUCGAGCACAACUACACCUGGUUUGAUUUCCAUAGCGAGUUUAGAAAGUUAAAUUAUCAAAAUUUGCACACGUCGCUGAAAACGGUGGUUGAGGACUUGAACGAUUUUUCCUUUUUCUCCGUUUCGUUGCCCAGCGGGGUGAGGUACAACUUGGAGCACGGCGAUGAGGGUGGCGUUAAAGUCGGCGAUAUAGUCGGCGGUAUAGUCGGCGGUAUAGUCGGCGGUAAGGUUACCCGUGGUGAAGGUUCCCCUUCCACUUCGUCCACUUGUUCCACUCCCCCACGCCUCCCCUCGUGGUCGUCCGCAAAGGUGGACACCUUCCAAAAGGGCGUCUUUCGAGUCAACUGCAUCGACUGCCUCGACCGAACGAACGUCUUCCAGAGCUUCCUGGCGAAGUACGUCCUACACUUGCAACUGCGCACCCUGGGUAUCAAGCUAGAGCAGGAAAGCAAGUUCCCCUUUUACCUCUUUAAGAACGCGUAUGACGAACUCAUGUAUCGCCAAACUUGGAUUCACAAUGCAAACGCGAUUAGCAUUAUAUACAGCGGCGCAGGAGCGCUCAAAAAUGACAUAACGAAAAAUGGGAAGAGAACCAUGGGGGGGUUGCUGCAAGACCUAUUACACAUUGUACAGAGGUACAUAAAUAAUAACUUCCUAGACGGUUACAAUAAUGACUGUAUCCAUUUAGCCACCAGUGAGAAUUUGAAAUAUCAAAAUGUUUUUAAUGUGCACAAUGGGAAGUAUAACCAAAUGAUGAAUGUAAUUUUGGAGUUCAUCGUAAUUUUUACGACAGCUGCUUGUACUAGUCCUGUUCAGAAAUUGCUAAAGGGGGUUUACUUUUUGUCUCACAAUAUGACCUCCACCACCCUUUCGCAGUGUAUUAAUUACGCGUUUUUCCUCAUGCGUAGAAAUUUUCAUUUGUUUUUAUUUCCCUACAAUCAAGCUAAGUGCUUCCAUUUUAUUUCGCUGCUGGCGAAGGCUUCGGGGAUUUUGUCUACCUCCUUUUUAAUUUUCCUCUUUUUUUGUGUCUAUGUGUUUACUCAAAGGAGGCGCGUGAUCUCGUCGCCCAAGCUGGGCACGGAUUAG